AUGGAAGCAGGUGGCGGACAGUCUCAGACACGCCGAAACAGAACCGCUUCACAAGUGCAACCUCAGACCACGGAUACACCAACUCAGGCAAUGUUUAAUAAGAUGUUUAACGUAGCAAUGUUCAACCACACUACUAUUGUCAUCAAGAAGAUCCUUGAGUCUUACAAAGGUUUUGAGCAACUCAGGCAACUAGUCGAUGUUGGUGGUGGUGUAGGAGUUACCAUUAACUUAAUCACUACUAGAUACCCCAAUAUCAAGGGCAUUAAUUUCGACUUGCCUCAUGUUAUACAACAUGCUCGACCUUAUCCUGGUGUGGAACAUGUAGAAGGAGAUAUGUUUGAGAAAGUUCCUGAAGGACAUGUCAUUUUUAUGAAGUCGAUACUUCAUGAUUGGAGUGACGAAUACUGCUUGAAGCUGUUAAAAAAUUGCUACAAUGCUAUCCCUAAUGAUGGAAAGGUUAUUGUUGUAGAGGCAGUUAUUCCAACUAUGCCCAAUAUUAGCACUCCUAUGAAGAGCACCUAUCAAUUGGAUAUGUUAAUGAUGACUCAAUACACUGGAGGAAAGGAAAGGACCCAAGAAGAAAUCAUGGCCUUGGCAAACAUGGCUGGAUUUAGUGGCAUCAAAUUUGAAUGUUCUGUCUGUGAUCUGUGGGUUAUGGAGUUUUUCAAGUAA